CCGCCCCACAUUUUGUUUGUAGCCGUUGCGUUGCUCUUCCUUUCACAAUAUAUGUUUACACUAACUAAGCACAUCAGAAGAAAGAAACAAAAAAAAAAACGGCUUGACUUUUUCUUCUGCCAUGGAAACUAGACUAAGCAGCACGGUCCCAAAGCUUCCGUCUUUGAAGAGAAAGAGACCUCCCCAGAUAGAAAUCCCAAACAUCCUCCAAGAAAUCCAAACCGAUGACCUCAGAUUCAGAGACUCAGCUCACGGAAACGACGCCACCGUGUGCUCCGGAGGAAACGGGUUCGGUGUUGUCUCCAGAAAGGGGAAGAAGAAGUUCAUGGAAGACAGUCACAGAGUUGCUGUCGGAACCUCAAACACGAGCUUCUUUGGAGUUUAUGAUGGGCAUGGAGGUGGUAAAGCUGCAGACUUUGUAGCUGAGAAUCUGCACAAACAUGUUCUUGAGAUGGUGAAGGAUUGUAAGGAUAAAGGAGAAGCCUUUAAAGCUGCUUAUUUGAGGACUGAUCGUGAUUUCUUAGAAGAGGGUGUAGUGAGUGGUGCCUGCUGUGUUACAGCUUUGAUACAGAACCGGGAGAUGAUUGUCUCUAAUUUGGGAGAUUGUAGAGCUGUUCUUUGCCGUGGUGGAGUUGCUGAGGCUCUUACGACUGAUCACAGAGCAGGGAGAGACGAUGAACGUGAAAGAAUUGAGAAUCAGGGAGGUUAUGUGGAGUUUCAUCGAGGGGCAUGGCGAGUUCAUGGGAUACUAGCUAUCUCCAGGAGCAUUGGAGAUGCACAUUUGAAGAAAUGGGUGGUUGCUGAACCUGAGACAAGGAUAUUCGAUUUGGAACAAGAUAUGGAGUUUCUUGUCUUAGCUUCUGAUGGGCUUUGGGAUGUGGUUAGUAAUCAAGAAGCGGUUGACACGGUGUUGACUGUAAAAGCUCAGAGAAAGACGCCUAGAGAAAGCGAGGAGGAUGAGAGUUUGUCCAAGGGGCUUGUUAAUGUAAGUCCAUCUUCAAAACUCCGGCGAGUUUCGCUUGUCAAGCAACGUAAGGAGCUCUUGCCAGUUCAAUCUCCCAGAUGUGCAAAACCAUACCACUCAGAGAAUGAAUCACCAACCUACCAUGAAGUUGGGAGUCCACCUCCAAAGUCAAGGAAGAUCACCGCGUUGAAGCGGGUAAAGAUGAAGAAGUCUGAGUCUUGUUGGGCCAAGGAAGCUUCCAAAGAGCUUGUGAACCUUGCUGUUAGUAGAGGUAGUAUGGAUGAUAUCACAGUGGUCAUUGUAGAUCUCAACCACUACAAAUGCUGAAAAGCCUCAUCACUCCCUUCACAUAUACCUCUCUAUGCUUGUAUUCUAUGUUUGUUUCAUGUAAAUGCUUGUUGACAAUGA